AUGAAAGAGAAAUCAAAUGGCCAAAAAAUACAGCAAAAAGACGAAAAAUGCCCUAUUUGUCGCAAUGAUCCAUAUUUAAAUCCAAAUAUGAGGUUUUUAAUCAAUCCAGAGUGCUAUCAUAAGAUGUGUGAGUCGUGCGUAACAAGGAUUUUUACAUUGGGGCCAUCACCCUGUCCUGAAUGUGGAAAAAUUCUCCGUAAAGGACGAUUCAGAGAACAAACAUUUGAAGAUACAGUUGUUGAAAGAGAAGUUGACAUAAGGAAAAGAGUGUGUAAGACGUUUAAUAAACGACCGGAUGAUUUUGAAACAUUAGCUCAGUACAAUGACUAUUUGGAAGAAGUUGAAAACAUAAUAUUUAAUUUAGUAAAUAAUAUUGAUGUGGAAGAGACAGAAGCCAAACUUUUAGCUUACGAGGCUAUUAAUAAAAAGUCAAUUAUAAUAAAUGCCCAGAAAGCAGAAAUCGAAGCACAAAUUAUUUUACAGAAUGAAGAAAGAUUGAAAAAAGAAAAAGAAAUAUCACAAAAAAUGGCUAUCAAAGAAAAAGAAAUGGAACAUAUUAAAAAAGAGAAACAUAAACAAGAGUUGAUUCAAGAAUUAGCAGUUUCUAACAAACAUGCAUCAAAAAUUGUUGAACGCAGUAAUGCAUUGUCUCUUAAACGAUCGACAAUUCGAAAACAACAAGCCAUUCAAGAAGCAAAAAUUGCAAUUGCAGCGCUCACUGCUUUUCAAAGUUCAGAUUCAAGCCAAAACCAAGAAAAAGAUAGCGUAUUUUCACCUAUGGCAGGCCAGGACAAAGAAAAUGUAUUAUAUGUUGUAAAAGAAACUUAUAAUGAUUCCUUUCUUAAACCUUUGUUAGAAAACAAAACUAUUCGUGGAGGAGGAUUUAAUAUUAAUGAUGUGUAUAAACGUGUUUUAUUUGAAGCAUUUUCCGGUUUAAAUUUUGAAAAUUCCAAUAAAUCACAAGAAAAUCCACCGUCUUGA